AUGGCGUCCCCAGCAGCCCAACCAAGUACGAUACCCGGUAUGGGUACCAAAAUCAAUCACGAUGGCGGAGGCGUCAGUUUUCGUGUUUGGGCUCCUCAUGCCGAUCAGGUUUACGUGGCGGGGAACUUCACAGAGCCCGCGUGGGGCGAAGGCAAAAUUCCGCUGGCUCGUGAAGGAAACGAGUCGGGCUACUGGUCGGCUCUUGUUCCCGAGGCCAAAGAAAAUGAUCACUACAAAUUUGUCAUUUCGUCCAAGGGUCAGCCUGAUCUCUGGAAGUUAGAUCCCUACUGCCGCUGUGCGACGGGCUAUGUUGACCCAAAGGACGGCUCGACUCGUCAAAGCGAAUGUGUCAUUGUCGAUCCCGACCUGUUCAGUUGGGAUAAGAAACAAUUUACAAUGCCUUCGUGGAAUGAACUCGUGAUAUAUGAGUUACAUCUUGGUACAUUCAGCGACAACGGGAUAACUUCUAGACGAUUUCUCGACGCCAUCGAGAAACUGGACUAUCUUGCCGAACUGGGCAUCAACGCUGUUGAGAUCAUGCCUUGUACGGAGUUUGACACAAACACAUCGAUGGGAUACAACCCUUCCCUUCUGUUCGCCAUUGAAGCUGAUUACGGAAAGGAGCGGGGUGUCCAGCGAUUCGUUAACGAGGCUAAUCGUCGGGGAAUCGCUGUCCUAUUCGACGUAGUCUACAACCAUUUGGGUCCGGACAAUCUGGGUGAUUGUUUCUGGUGUUUUGAUGGAUGGCAAGAGAAUAACUAUGGGGGCAUCUAUUUCUAUCAGGACGAUCGAGCUCAAACUGAUUUUGGAGCCACUCGGCCCGACUUCGGACGGCCUGAAGUACGACAAAUGUUAAGAGACAAUGCCAUGAUGUGGCUUCAUGAAUACCGUGCUGAUGGGCUUCGUCUCGAUUCCACUAGUAACAUUCGGCGAUCACGGCAAGGCGAUCUGCCCGACGGUUGGCAGUUGAUGCAAUGGAUCAACAGAGAUAAAUAUCCAGACAAUUUUACUAUUGCUGAAGAUCUCGAAGAUAACGAAUGGAUUACGAAGAAGGAGGAAGAUGGCGGUGCCGGUUUCGGUUCUCAAUGGGAUGUCGGUUUUUAUCGCGUGAUUCGUGAUGCCGUUGUAUCGAUGAACGAUGAAUCACGAUCAAUGCCGGCUAUUCGGGAUGCUCUCAACAAACGCUACAAUGGUGAUGCAUUUCAACGCGUUAUUUAUUCUGAAUCGCACGACGAGGUGACCGAACAUUUUGGGAUCAAACUAGGUCGUAUGCCCGAGAAAAUAUGGCCAGGUAAUGCCGAUUCGUGGGCUAGUCGGAAACGAUCGACACUCGCCGCUGCCAUCGUCUUCACCUCGCCCGGUGUACCCAUGAUCUUUCAGGUAUGA